CCGUCUGAAGCGGUUCAACUUCCUGUAUGGGUUAGGAUGUUUUCAUUUAAUUCAACGAUGAUUUGUACGUCCAUCAAGUCAUAGCCCGUUAUCAGUGACACCGUUUUAAGUAACGGUGCAUCGCAAGCUGAAAAUGACAAUGUCCCGGCAUGCACGUCUCUUCCUAGUCCAGUUUAUUUUCACUUUCAUAAUCAAAUCUUUUUUGGGCCACCUGGCUGCUGAUUGCGUAUCCCGGAGUGAGACGUUAAAGGCUUUGUGAGAGGUGUGACGGCUGGAGUGAGUGUCGGCGUCAUGUUCAUCGUACCUGUCCUCGUGCUCCUGCUCCUGCAACACGAUGAGCUCACGUUAGCAGCGCAGCUGCCAGGACACAGCGGGAUCAAGUCUCCAUCCUUUGCCCCUUUGGCUACAAACGGCCAACCGUUCCCGUGGGACAGAAUGAGGCUCCCAGAAACGGUUUCUCCUCUCCAUUACCAUCUCCUCAUCCACCCUAACCUGACCACUCUGGAUUUCAGUGGCUCUGUCCUCAUCGAGCUGGAGGUGCACACAGACACCCACAGCAUCAUCCUUCACAGCAAGGACCUCCAGAUAUCUAGCGCUGUGCUGUUGGCAGCAGAAGGUUCCAGGCCUCUUCAGGUGCUGGAAUAUCCCGCCUUCCAGCAGCUAGCCCUGCUGUCUGACGCUGUGCUGACCAGGAGGGGGCACUAUGAGGUGUAUCUGGAGUUUGGUGCCAACUUGUCUGACAGUUUCCAUGGGUUUUAUAAAAGUACUUACCGCACCAGUGAGGGAGAAGUCAGAGUUGUGGCGUCCACCCAGUUCGAAGCCACCAGUGCACGUGCAGCGUUCCCCUGUUUUGAUGAACCUGCGUUCAAAGCCAACUACACGAUCCGCAUCCGGCGAGAACCCCGCCACAACGCCCUCUCCAACAUGCCCAUGGUGAAAAUGGUGGUGUUGCCAGGCGGCCUGUUGGAAGACCACUUUGACACCAGUGUGAGAAUGAGCACCUACCUGGUGGCAUUUAUUGUGUCUGACUUCCUGUCUGUCAGCAAAACCACCCAGCACGGGGUCAAGAUUUCAGUAUAUGCUGUACCAGACAAGAUUGACCAGACUUCAUUUGCUCUCGACGCUGCAGUCAAGCUGCUGGACUUCUAUGACGACUACUUUGACAUCCCCUACCCUCUUCCCAAGCAAGACCUGGUGGCCAUCCCAGACUUCCAGUCUGGAGCGAUGGAGAACUGGGGUCUGACCACCUAUCGAGAGUCAGGCCUCCUCUUCCACCCCAACAAGUCCUCCGCCUCCGACAAACUGGGCAUCACCAUGGUGAUUGCCCAUGAGCUGGCCCACCAGUGGUUUGGUAACCUGGUGACCAUGCAGUGGUGGAACGACCUCUGGCUGAACGAAGGCUUCGCUAAGUUCAUGGAGUUUGUGUCUGUCAAUGUCACCAACCCAGAGCUACAAGUGGAUGACUUCUUCUUGGGGAAGUGUUUUGAGGCUAUGGAGGUGGAUUCUCUAAGCUCUUCACACCCUGUCUCCUCUCCUGUGGAGAACCCCACCCAGAUCCAGGAGAUGUUUGACGACGUGUCGUACGACAAGGGCGCCUGUAUCCUGAACAUGCUGAGAGACUUCCUGACGGCUGAGGCCUUUAAGAUCGGCAUUGUUCGCUACCUCAGACGCUACAGCUUCCAGAACACUGUCAACAGCCACCUGUGGGAAAGCCUGAGCAACAUCUGCCAGGGGGAUGAUCUGGAUGAAGGCCGGCUGAAAGGAGAGUUUUGCUCCCAGGCCCAGCGCCAGUCUGAUGCGUCUAAGUGGUACUCUGAGGACGAGCUGGAUGUGAAGACCAUCAUGGACACCUGGACCCUGCAGGAGGGCUUCCCCCUAGUCACGGUGGAGGUCAGGGGUCGUGAGGUCACACUGAGCCAGGAGCGCUACCUCAAGACUGACGAUCCUUCCCUCACAGAGGGCUUCCUGUGGCAGGUCCCGCUGACCUACAUCACCAGCGCCUCCAGCACCAUCCAACGCUUCCUACUCAAGACCAAGACUGCUGUGCUGUACCUGCCAGAGGAGGUGGACUGGGUGAAGUUCAACGUGGACAUGAGCGGUUACUACAUGGUGCACUACGAGGGCCGGGGCUGGAGCGCCCUCACCCAGCUGCUCAGGCACAACCACACCGCCCUCAGCAGCAAUGACCGCGCCAGCCUCAUCAACAACGCCUUCCAGCUCGUCAGCGUGGGGAAGGUGAGUCUGGACGUGGCCCUGGAGUUGUCGCUCUACCUGUCAAAGGAGACGGAGAUCAUGCCUGUCACCCAGGGUCUGGGGGAGCUAGUGCCCAUCUACAAGCUGAUGGAGAAGAGAAACAUGCUGGACCUGGAGAAUCAGAUGAAGGGCUACAUAGUGGAGCUGUUCCAGGAGCUGAUUGAUCGUCAGACAUGGAGCGACGAGGGCUCCGUCUCCCAACGCGUGCUGAGGAGCUACCUGCUGCUGUUUGCCUGCGUCAGGAACCACCCCCCUUGCGUCGCUACGGCAUCACGGCUCUUCACCCGCUGGAGGGAGUCUGACGGCAACAUGAGCCUCCCUAGUGACGUCAGCAUGGCAGUGUUUGCCAUCGGCGCCCGUACUCCAGAUGGCUGGGACUUCCUGUUUGAGAAGUACCGGCAGUCUAUGCACACCUCUCUGAAGAGCCGUAUCAAGUCAGCCCUGACCAUCAGCCCUCUGCAGGACAAGCUACAGUGGGUGAUGGAGCAGAGUCUCUCAGGAGAGGUGAUGAAGACUCAGGACCUUCCUCACGUGGUCAUCUCCAUCAGCAGGAACCCCAGAGGCUUUGCACUGGCCUGGGACUUCCUCCGACACAACUGGCUCUCGCUGAUCAGGAAGUUUGACCUGGGCUCUCAUUCUAUUGCUGGAAUGGUGAAUGGAGUGACAAACCAGUACUCCACCAGGGAGAAGCUGGAGGAGGUGCAUAGCUUCUUCGGAGGUCUGACUGAGGAGACGGGGGCGAGUCUGAGGUGCAUCCAGCAGACCAGCGAGACAAUCCAGGAGAACAUCCGCUGGAUGGACAGACACCUGCCUCUGCUGCAGGCCUGGCUGAACCGACGCAACCCCGGCCCCGGACCCAGCUCCACCCCAGCACCACAGAGACAUGUGGACUUAUAGUGGGCUCUUAGACUAAAAUCAAAUGGGUCUGACAGAGUAUCUUUGGUAAAACGCUGAAAAUCGUUGCGAGAUGUCUCUUCUGAAACAGCCCAGACUGAGAGUCAGCUGAUAGUCUGGGUUAGUUACCAGUCCCCUCUCCAGUUCAGAGCUCUGCACCACUAACAAACGUGUGGUUUGUCAAACUAGUUUAAUCCAUAUCAAAUUAUUAAAAAGUGACAAUGCUGACAAUACCCUUCUCCACCACUUUUUAAACUUUUGCCAUCCAGCUUACUACUGUUUGCAGUGUUUCAGGGAUGUAUUUGUGGCUCUAGGUGUGAUAUGUGAGGUGUUUUUUGUGUGUGUGCCUUCCUUAGUGACCUGCCUGCUUCCUGGAGAAUCUCAGGGGAUUUCCUAAGAUGUUAGUUGCCUGGGUAACUGGUCUCUAGAGAAGCAGAUCACAGGGCUGCAGUUCUGCUUUAGUUUAUGAAGAAUAACUAACUCCAAGAUCCGCCUUUUUAGGUGUUAGAGGCAAGUCAGAAAUGUAUUUCAUACCAUCAUUCCAUAAUUGAAAAUAUGUUUGUGUCAUUUUGUGAUGAAUGAAAAUAAAGCCCUAGUUGAGA